AUGGGGUCGGCCCAGCCGUCUGGCACAAACGUCUUCACAGCGCCUUCUGCGCCCGCAGCUCAGCAAUCACUUACCAACCCGUUUGCGGCCGCCGCACGAAAACCCUCCAAGUCCCCCUUUGUGGAUGAUGCUGAAUCACCGAAACCCAACCCGUUCUCCAGGACAGCCGCAAAGCCAUCCCUGACAGACUCCCAAAGCAAUGGCGCAAAACAAGGCGGAUUCAACCCUCCUAGCGGACCAAAGGUGACGGCGAAUGCCUUCACUGCCAAGCCUACGGGUGCCAGCCACGGGCCGUCGCAGGUGAACGGCAAACGCAAGAGUGGCCCAAAUAUCACAAAGCCUUCAACAUCCAAGCUUGGGAGCCGGCAGCAACGACCAGAGCCUAAGAGUGCCCCGAGCGAGUUCGCGGCGACUAUUUACAAGCAGCUGGCAAAGGUUGGCAUCAAGCCUCCGGUAUGGCCCUCGGACCCCGAUGCAUUGCUUCAGCCGAAGGCCAUGGACAAUCUACGCCAAGCCCACAGAGCAUAUCGGGACAAGGCGCGUGAGGCCUUGAUGAAGGCUGACCUUAUCGACGACCCCGACAAGCGCCGCCGUUUGGACCAGGCUUUACCCUUCAAGGGCAUUUGCGAGGAAAUGUGUCCAGAGUGGGAGAAAAUCACUCGAAUUACCGAGAAGGGUGUAUGGAAACCGGAAGGAGCGGAGGACGAGGAUGAGGAUGGCCAGCCGCGUCGAAUUCCUAUCCCCAAAAAGAUGCUCAAGCGUUUAGCACGUUCUGCUGCGGGCCAAGAAGCACCGUUACCGAUGGACGUGCGAUCACCAGCCGCGUGUAGACGAACGCUGGACUACCUGAUCGACGACCUCAUUGCGUCCGAUGAUCGGCUCUCAACCUAUCAUCACUUUGCCUGGGAUCGCACGAGAGCUAUCCGCAUUGAUCUAUCUAUGCAGACGCCGUCCAUGAGUCCCGAGGAGAUCAAGCACGAGGUUUACUGUCUGGAAACUAUCGCCAGAUUUCACGCAACUUCGGCACAUUUGCUUGCACAGCCAAGCUUCGCCUAUGAGAGCUACUCCGAACAGCAGGAGGUCGAACAACUCAAUAAGUGUUUAAUGACGUUACGGCAACGAUACAAAGACUGCGCUGAUAUGGGAAUCGCUUGUGAGAACGAAGCUGAAUUCCGCGCCUACUACGUGUUGUUUUUCGCCUGGGAUCCGGCACUGAAGGACAUCGUCGAGAGCUGGGGGGAGAUAUCUACUUCGGAGGCCAUUCAAACGGCUCUCUGCGUCAUCGAAGCCAUGCAGAACACAACCAUGGCGCAUGGCCCGUUGAGACCUGAGGCUCCGACUGAGAUUGCUGUGAACGUCGCAUCGAUGUUCUUUUCUAUUAUUGCUUCUCCACAGAUCUCAUAUACAAUGGCCUGUAUCGCCGAGGUCCAUUUCGGCGUUGUCAGGCAGUCGAUUCUUGAGAUGCUCAUCAAAUCGUACUCUCGCCCGAAAGGCGCACCCAAGGAUCUAACUCCGGAAUUUCUCAGGCGGCAGCUUCGCUUUGACAGUGUUGAAGACGCGGUUGCCUUCGCAGAAUUGCAAGGCUUACAGUUUCAGGAGGAGAAUGGACUGCGCUACUUGCUUGUCAAACCUCACCAGCAGCUCAAGAAGCCUCGUAUACCUCAUUCUUUCUCUUACGAUAUUGUCGAAAGGAAACGCUGUGGGAGGCCGUUUCCUGACUGUGUCCACGAAACCAUCUUUGAGGAGCCUGGAAUGACAUCAAAUGCCGACGUUGACGAAGAAAGCAUGUUUGUUGAAUCAACACAAGCUAUCUCCAACACAUCGAAUAAUACAACCAUCCAAGACUCUGAACUCGAAGACACAGAAUCCCUCCAGGCGCCUCCGAUGGCGAGUAUCUCCCCAUCUGCCGGCGGCGCGGCUGGUCCACAGCAUACCAGCCUCGGUGUUAAUCCCGGAACCUCGAUAUUCUCACAACCAGGACCUGAGGCUCAGAAGGCGCCUGCUCCGUCGAAUAGUGCCACAGGCGGAAGCAUAUUCGGCAGUUCGCCUACCGUCAGUCUGUUCGGCGGGCUGUCACAAAGUGGCAUGUCUACAAACCCUGCGCAAGGUGGCCCUUUUAGCAGUUUGUCGACCACACAGAGCACUGCGAAAGCGCCCGAUGCCACGGAUGCAGCGAAGAAAGUGACCUUUGGUGAAACUCAGGUCAAAUACAUAGAAUCUCGUGCCGAUGUCAACAGCUCGAGCAGCAGUGCACCGUCCGGAAUAUUUGGCUUCCUUGGAAAUGAUAACAAGAAGCCAACUGCACCCGCAGAAUCGACUUCCAGCAGCGCUUCGUGGUUCCCCUCGAGCCUCCCAGGUUCGUCCAGCAAACCUGGCCAAAUGGAAGGCGGAUCAGUGCUUUCUGGGGUAUCCUCUACCUCAGGCAGCAGCUUCAAAUUUCCCGACUCAAGCACACCUCCAUCUGGCCCUUUGUUCGGAGCUGCAGGCAACAGAAGCCUCUCGUCACCCCCUGUUCUCACAUUUCCCUCUACUAAUCAGACACCGGGUGAAACUCAACUCGCAAACCAACCUCCAGCACUAGACACGACUCAGGCAACAGGAAGUGACGGGGCAAAGCCGAUGUUCACCCCCAAUAAUACUUCUGAGCCCUCGGCGACAACAACCAAUCCUCUCUUCGCCACAACGAGCACGGGUGGGACUGCAACUGCGACCAGUCUCUUUCCUCCAACUACGCAGUUGCCCCCUCCUAAAACGCAGCCAAAAGAGAACCCCUUAGACAGCUUGACCCGCUGGUUUGUCUGUGGUGAUCGGGGUUUGAUGGAUGAUCAUUUGGAGGAAUGGGCUGUGGAAACGGUUUUGAAGGAUGUAUGGGACAAUUUUCAAGUAAAGGAGGAGGAACGAAAAAGAAAGGAGGAGGACGAGAGAUCAUGGGCUGAGGCCCGCAAAUUCCGGACUUACAGUUUGCAAGUGACCUAUUUCUAUCGAUGGCUCGAAAUCUUCCGGAAGCGCAGGGUUGUCAAACGCAUUCAGAUGGAGAAAGAGAAGUUCCGCCAGUGGAAAGCACCAGAGAAUGUUGCAAAGCGAAAGGCUGAAGCUACCGAAGCCAGGGAGACACGCCAGAAGGAGGCCAUCAGCAUGCUUCGCAGGAGCGCUCAAGGCAAGGCAACAGAAGAGAAGAAAUUACGAGAAUCAACUCAGUCGCGGAGCCAAAGCGUCGAGGAUGCCUUGCUCGCUAGCGGUAUACUCAGCGGAGUACGCGAUGAGCGUGCCGCAGCCCGUGACGCUGUGAUGGACGAGGAAGAGCCUACCGGUAUGUUGCCUUCUGAGAUGCUAUAUCAGCAGGAAAGCAAGCGACGCGAGAAGCAUGGCCUACCACCGCUCAGCCGACUCGGACACCCUCGCCCCCAGAAGGAGGGUACAAAGACAGCAAAACUCAGAGCUCUCGCAGCCGGUCGGGAUUCACUUUCCAUGUCAACGGGAAGCCUGCGAAACUCAACAUUCAGCUCGAGCUAUCGAUCAAGCCAAGGCUUCAAUAGUAGCCGAGUUGCAAAACCCAAGAAAAGCCGCGUUUCCGAUCCUUAUUGGAGAAUGAAGGCACAUGGGCUUGUCCAGAUGCCCAACGGCGAGUAUCUACACGAGUCUCUCGCCUUGCCAAUGCUACGGGAGGGAAAACGGUUUCCCGGGUUGGGCAACUUCGGCAUUCCAGCCACGGCUUCUGAAACAUCUCCACUGUCGCUGCCGACUAACGAUGAGCUCUUUGAGGACAGUCCACCCCUGCCCCGAGAGCGCAUCCGACGAAGCCACGUCAGUCGGUCGCCCUCUGUCGCUUCGAACGUCUCGUUCAAGCGUAAGAGACUACUGCACCACGAUGAUACGGAAGAUGAAGAUCUUGCUGCCUACCGAAGUGAAGCUUCAGCCAGUCUUCAUAAGCGAGUCAGGAGUAGUGGAUCCAUGAGCAACGAGCCGGACUUGCUGGCGCAGAUGCAGAGUCUUCUUCAUGAUGUGGAAGCAGAAAAGGCAAAACACAAAGCAUGA